AUGUAUGAACCAACACUGUCACCCGCUCAUCAUCGCCGGGCCACAUAUCCCCGACGAAGGAGGAUAUCCUUACAGAUUGCCCUCCUCCUAUUUAUCCUCGGUUACUUGGGCCGCACAGCCCUCUAUUCGAUCGAACACAGUCGCGAUCAAACAUGUUACCGAGACUCCACAGUCUUUUCAAAAGAGUCCUGGGGGACAAGUGAAUCGACGAGGAGUCGAGAGCAGGAUACCACCACCCUCCGGGUGAUUGAGCACUCGGCAGAGGGUCACCAGUCGAUCAUCCACGCCGAUGUGGACAGAAUCCCUUCUAUUGACCGGGAGAAACAGUCCGACGAGAAGGAGAAACAGUUGGACAAAUUCUCCGAGGCGCUGGAGAACGUCCUCCUAGCGCUACCGGAACUGCCGGAGAUCGUCGAUGCGCUGGGUCCCAUUGAAGGGACGGGCGAGGCCAUGGUGCGUGAGAUAGGCCUUCGAGCACGCCUAUUCAAGAGUGCACUGGAUGCCUGGGAAGCCCUUCACACUGUUAUGUUUGAGGACCGGAUUCAGAUCCGAAGUGACGUGCUCCAGCAUAUUGUGAAGAAUCCAAAACUCGCAACUCGACUCCAGCUGGACCACACCACUUUGAUUCACAAGUAUGAAGAGUUUCACUCCUACUUUGUGGCAUUUUCAGAGCGUCUCUUCUCGUGGACAUUACCGUAUUUCCCGGAUCUGGUCACUCUGCAUGCGCAGCUUUGGAGUGGAGGAAGAGGCAUUGUCUUGACGGGAGGAGAUCAUCAAGCUUCAUAUCUACUAACUUCGAUUCAAUCCAUGCGAGACAUGGGGUGUGAGUUACCCAUUGAGGUGAUGUAUCUCGGCGAGGAUGAUCUCGGCCGCGAAAACCGAAGAAAAUUGGAAAAAGUCAAGGGAGUCAUCACACGCGAUCUCAGCCCUCUCGUCAACGACAAAGGAUGGAAGCUCAAAGGAUGGGCCCUGAAGCCCUUUGCCAUCAUGCUGUCCAGCUUUCGAGAAGCCAUCUUCAUCGAUGCGGAUUCGCUCUUCCUGCGUGAUCCGUCGAUUCUCUUCUCGGAUCCAGAGUAUCAAAGCACCGGCGCGCUAUUCUUUAAAGACCGGGUCAUCGAACCUGCCUCCAAACUUGCCUGGUUGAAACGGAUCCUGCCUCCUCCUAUUUCGGCCCAGGUGCGAAGGAAUCGGUUCUGGACGGGUACAAGUAGUCACAUGCAGGAAUCGGGUGUGGUGGUUGUGGAUAAGUGGAAGCAUUUUGUGGCGUUGAUGGUCAUCACUCGACUCAAUGGACCGGAUCGCGAUGGCAACGAAGCCGAAGGACGUAUCGGGGUAUACGACAUGGUCUUUGGCGACAAGGAAACCUUCUGGCUCGGAUUCGAACUCGUCGGCGACACAAGCUACGCCUUUCACAACGGCAAAGUCGCCAUCCUCGGCGUCCCGAAACCAGACUCUCCAGACCAAACAUACUACCCCCAAGACCAGAACGACAACACCGACAACACCACCACCAACCCCAACCUCCCCCGCACCAAAUCCACCUUUUCAAUCUGCGCUCCUCAACUCCUCCAUCUCGACGUGGACGGUCGACCGCUCUGGUUCAACGGGUGGCUGCUGCCGAGCAAAUUCUCCGACGAUCCCCGAUUACAGCCUGUCAAUUUCACCUCGUUCAUCGUGGAAGCGAUGGAUGGGGAGCAUCUGAGUCCGUGGGAGGUGAAGGAGGAUAAUGUACUUUGUUUGUCGUCGGGGAGUGUGGUUGAUCUCACGUUGGCGGAGAAGGAGGCGGUUGAUUUGACGGUCCGGACAGCGCGGAAGGUCGGGGCAAUCAGGCAGCCUGUUUAA